CAUUGACAGUGAAUUUUGUCAUAACCAUGAAAUAAUAAAACAAUCUGAACUAAAAGUGCUCGUUUUCCUCAAAAUACUGUGAUUUAUUGGUGUUUUUUGUGUUUCAAGUGACCUAUAUAAAUGUUAUUUAGAUCAAAUACAAUAUCGAACCGAUCAUGGCAGCAUUUCAAAAGAACGGAAGUCAAAUUACAAAAUUUAAUAAAGUAUGCGCUAGUAGAUGAAAAGUUGAUCUAAAAAAAUGUAGUUUGUUACACAUCUAUCUGUUAGUUUUCAUGAAAUACGUAACAGAAACGUUAAGACUGUACAAAAAAAGAAAAAGAUUGAACCCAACGUCCUAUUAGAGACAAAUAACAUUAAGUAAAUAUAUUUUUCUGGAAUACUUCUAGAAAUGGCGACUCAAGACGACAAGAAGAAGUUUUAUUGCAGAGAGUGGGCGUUUCAAAAGUUAGCGCACUGCUUGGACCAACGACCAGUGUCCAAGACGUGUGGGGCUCUACUUCUCGGAGGCCCUGGAUGUGGGAAAACGACAUUUUGUUCCGAACUUUGCUGGCCGUCGCAAGGACCGGCUAGCAGGCAACAAAGGGCCUUAAAUAGACGCCUAUUAUGUUACCACUUCCUUCAAGGCCACAACGAGAAAAGUCUAUCGUUGAGCGAAUUCGUACGAUCUCUAGUAACUCAAAUUCUGAAUCAUUCCACAGAAAGCCACAGGGAGCGCAGCAUAAGACGUAGAAUAGCUCAGGAAGCACAGAAAACGGACGAAGCUGGCAAGUCUUUGAGUCCCAAACUUGUUAAGAAUAUAUCCUAUGAACAGAACCUAUCGGAUAAUUGUAGUUUACCUCCUGAAAAUCUAUAUAGUAAUGUUUAUUCGGAAAAUCUGCUCUCGCCUUCGUUAGAAUCUAAAAAAUCUCAUGAAACUCCACCUAUACCGAGUCUACCUAUAAAUCCGCGAACUGUUAUCGCGGACGCGUAUUUAGAGAAGCUAAAAUCGGAUCCUGAAAUCCAGAUAGCUCUCAGAGCCAAAAACAUCGAGCUCAACCCAGACGACUGCCUUAAAAGAGCACUAUUAUUUCCCCUGCUCGAAAUAGACCCUCCCAAAACGUCCCUAUUUAUUCUUAUAGACUCUAUAGACGAACAUUCCUUUGUGUACUCAAAUUCCACUCUGACGAGAUGUAAACCACGCGAAAGGUCGUCUCAGAGCAAGACGAUCGCUGAAUUGUUGGCCAACCAUCACCAUCUCUUUCCUCAGUGGUUGUUGUUAGUGUGUACGGCCAGGAAACAAUCUAAAAGUAUCGCGAAAAUGUUCACGGGUUUCAGGAAACUUAGUCUGGACGAUUUACGAAAAUCUCAGGUUGUUCGUGAUGUUCAACAGUAUAUUUUAGCUCGACUAGACCAGGAGAAUAGCCUAAGACAACACAUUAGUCGAGAUACUGCAGAAAUGCUCAAUCAACUACAUAUUAAAAGCAACGGAUGUUUUCUUUAUCUAGAGAAAGUGCUAGAUGGUGUCUCGGAUAAUUUUAUCGUUCUAAGAGAAGUGAGGGAAAUACCCGGUACGUUAAAUGGGCUGUAUCUAUGGCUGUGUCAGAGGCUAUUUAACAGACGACAGUUCGCAAAAGUGCAACCACUAUUAAACGUGAUUUUAGCGGCUAAGUGUGCAUUGAACGACGCGCUUCUCUACGACAUCAUAAAAGUUUAUAACCCUAAAGUAACUUCGGAAGAUUUCAAAAAGAGGUAUCAUUUGUUGAGAAGAGUUGUUGUAGUGUCAAAAGGAGGUACAAUAAGAUUAUUCCACCAUUCGUUCGCCGAGUGGCUAUUAGAUAUCAAACAUUGUACUCAAAAGUAUUUAUGUAAUAUUUUUCACGGGCAUUGUAUACUAGCGAUGUACUACACCUUGCACGCCAAAGUCUUGAACAAUCAGGAAAUCUACGACUACGCGUUUCAUUUGACGAGGAUGGAGCAGUAUUUAUCGGAAAAACCGAAUCAAAAGUGUCCCACUCUCAUGUGUAAAUUGACACAAGAAAAAAACAAUGCAAUCUCUCAGGGCGAUAAUAGUUUAGAAAAAACUUCAACUGAAAUAUAUUCAGACUUGAAAGCUUUACAAGAAUUAACGAAAAAUUACGAACGAGAGCUGAAUCUUGACGGCGAUAAUCUAGAAACGAGCUUUGUAGAAACUGAAGCCAGCCAAAACAACUUAGAUGAUUGUCAAUUCAAUUUAGACUUAAGUUUAAACAAGCUGGAACAGAAAUACGAAAAUAUAAACAUUAAAAGUCCGGUUUCGGACAAGAACCCGAUCUACGCCGAGAUCAACAAGAGUAAAAAGGGUAAGCAUCAUCCCAAAGGCAAAGAUAUGGCUCAAAGCAUCGAGAAUAACGCUCUUCAAAACGACUUGAGCUUGAGCACGUCCCAAGACGCGGCUAAAAGUGCGUUGGAUAACCAUACGUUGACUGUUCUUUGGCUUAUCAACAGUGGGUGCAAUGUGGAGGAGUGUCUGUUAGAAGGUAACGAAAUGGCCGGAGUGAAUUUCGGAGCUUUUCUUCCCACCGACCAAAAAGUGUUGAAGCUACUGCUGGAGGCUGGAGCUGUGGAGCAGUCUGAUGCAGAUGGGUGCGACUAUGAGAGCCAGAUGUCAUUGGCAAGUACUUCCAGCGAACAGAGUCCAGAACCUUUGUUUGACAUCCACGAUAUGCAUGGUCAAGCUGCUCUGCAUGUUGCGGCUAGAUUAGGACAGGCUCAAGUUGUCAAAGUUCUUCUUGAAGCUGGUGCGAAUUCAGAUCAAGCGGAUGUAGAUGGCUGGACACCACUUAGAGCAGCAGCUUGGGGUGGUCACACAGAGGUAGUGGAAUUACUCGUGAAGCAUGGCUGUGUCCUCGACAGUGUAGACGCAGAAAACCGCACAGCACUCCGAGCAGCUGCGUGGUCGGGUCACGAAGAAAUCGUCAAAAUCCUCCUCCAAAAUGGCGCCAGCGUUAAUUUGACAGACCAUGAAGGUCGAACGGCCUUGAUAGCUGCCGCUUACAUGGGCCACGCAGAAAUCGUGGAACAUCUGUUGAACUACGGAGCUGAUAUCAAUCAUGCUGAUGCAGACGGGCGGACAGCAUUGUCUGUUGCAGCCCUGUGUGCUCCCCGAACGCCUGGGGCCAGUGUCGUUGCCACUUUGCUGGAAAGGGGGGCUACGGUUGACCAUAGGGACAAAGAAGGUAUGACACCGUUGCUGGUUGCUUCAUUUGAGGGACACAGGGAUGUGUGUGAACUCCUUCUGGAAAAUGAAGCUGACGUAGAUCACUGCGACCAUGGAGGAAGAAGUCCUUUGUGGGCAGCGGCAAGUAUGGGGCAUGCACCAGUCGUAGCUCUUCUGUUAUUCUGGGGCUGCUGUAUAGAUUCCAUGGACUCGGAAGGUCGAACUGUAUUGUCCGUUGCUGCAGCGCAAGGUUGUGUGGAAGUCGUCAGACAACUGCUGGACAGAGGUUUAGACGAACAGCAUCGUGACAAUUCGGGGUGGACGCCACUACAUUAUGCUGCCUUCGAAGGGCAUCUUGAUGUAUGCGAAGCAUUACUAGAAGCAGGAGCGAGAGUAGACGAGACUGAUAAUGAAGGAAAGGCCCCAUUGGCUUUGGCUGCACAAGGAGGCCAUACGGUUUUAGUCAAUUUAUUUAUAGAUAAAUAUAACGCACCAGUAGAUCAAAGGCCUCACGACGGAAAAACUGCUUUAAGGUUAGCGGCUUUGGAAGGUCAUUACGAUAUAGUGCAAAUAUUGGUAUCCAAUGCAGCAGAUAUUGAUUCAAAAGAUGCCGAUGGUAGAAGUACUUUAUAUGUAUUAGCCUUGGAUAAUAGACUUGCGAUGUCCAAGUAUUUUUUGCAACAAGGAGCAGAUGUAGAAACUAGAGAUUUGGAGGGUCGUACUCCAUUACAUGUGUCUUCGUGGCAAGGGCACACGGAAAUGGUGUCUCUGUUGCUUACUUACGGUAAAGCACAAGUAGAUGCUUGCGAUUUAGAAAAUAGAACAGCUCUACAUUCGGCGAGUUGGCAGGGACAUAGCGAUAUUGUAAAAAUGCUUCUAGAACACGGAGCGAUGCCCGACCAUACUUGUAACCAAGGAGCUACAGCCUUAGGCAUAGCGGCUCAAGAGGGCCACGAACUUUGCGUAGUAGCAUUAUUAGAACACGGAGCGGAUCCAAACCAUUCAGACGCUUGUGGACGAAAUGCCUUGAGGGUGGCCGCCAAAUCCGGCCAUAGGGGAGUUGUAAGACUGUUGGAGGAGUACAAUGCUAGAUCACACAAAGUGGCGCAUACUAGUAGUAGCGCCAACUCAAUUACCUCAGCUUCCACUGCAGAAACCAAACCAUCUUGUGCCAUUCUUUAUCCUUCCGGAAGUACAGGGGAUUGGUCUGAUCAACAGAGACGGUCGAUGGUGUCGCUAGGUAAUCACAGUUCCAAUUCUAAAUCUAGUUCCAAUCUAACCGGUUCCAGCCAGUCCAGUAGGCAUGGAGAUAGGCAAAGGGAGAAUGUGCAAAAUAUUCAGCCCAUGUCGUUCACGCAGCAACUUCAGCAGUGUACGAGAGGCGGCAAAACGAGACCUCUAAGUAAGUUGUUGUCGCCUCUCCAAAGCGAACCACAAAGCCCUAUAUACGCAUCACCUCCCUUAAGUCCAGUGAACGAUCCCCCUAACGUGUUUGAUUCCUUUUUAGGCGCUAUGAAUAUCUAUCAACCAGUUCUUAGGCACAAUAAUUUUGCGAAAGCUCCCGACACCCAUUUUGCCCGUGAUACUCACAUGAGAAUCAUCCUGGGCAACACCAGUGGGUCGCCUUUUAGCAAAGAUAAGAAGCCAGAACCUGCUCAGGAUACUCAGAAUUCCAAAUCAAGCAAUCAGAAACCUAAGAGAAACGGAAUAGUGACGAAUCCGGCGCUACGGCUCGUCGCCAACGUGAAAAACGGACUCGAUAGCGCCGCGGCGAACCUGCGCAAAUCGACGUCGGGAGCGAAUCCCGCCUCAAAAACCAAUAGUUUCCAUUGGCGUAAAGAAACACCUUUGUAAAAGGUAGAAGGGAUUUAAUUCACAGCCAACUAGUCAAUACAAUGGUUAUAACCUGGACUUUAAAAUAAAAUGAACAAUGCUAACAUAUAACAACACUCACCUAGUCUUAACUAUAUCAAAGAAAUAAUUUUUAAUAGAGUUUAAUUUAUACAAUAGAUUUUUUUCAGACUUAUGUUCGACUACAUGACUCAUCACGCUGGUUUCGUUCUUUUUCUAUACAGGAUAUUUCAAAUUUUAUAUAUAAAAAACUACUCUAAAAGCCUUCUUUAUCGGCAUAUUAAAAACAUUUAACAGAUAAAAGUUAAUUACUAAGCUUUUGCUUAA